CUUCCCCAUUUUUCACAAGAUUUCUCACAAGAUUCUAAAAUCAUGGAAAUGGAGAAUAUGACGGAUUUAGAUCUGGGGUACUCUGGAGGUGUGAAUCUUGGAAUGGAAAUGUUAUUUGAUAUGGCUUGGUAUGGUGAGGGUUUAUCAGAUCAUGGGCUUAAAUGCGAGUCACAUCCUGCUAAGGUGUCUUCAUAUGGUAUUUGGGAGAAAGUGUUUAUAAAGACUGUUGGUCUUCACUUUUGGCAAUAUCGUCUUCCGAAUCUUGAGCUUGUCAUCUUGCUUGUGUUCAUCCUUUGGCAAUUGUUGAAUAUUCUGUUAAAAAAACUAGGUCUUUUGAUUCCUAAGUUCACCUCUAUGAUGAUUGCAGGGCUACUCUUGAACGUUCUUCUAACUUUUUCGGGAGACAAAUCGAUGAUUCAUGAGAUCUUGUUCCCCAAAGACAGAAUCGACAUUCCAGGAUGCCUUGGAUCACUUGGCUUCGUGAUUUUUUGGUUCCUCAAGGGUGUGAAAAUGGACGUCAAGAGAGUCUUCAAGGUUGAAGCACAAGCAAGCCUCGCCGGAGUUGCAUCGGUUACUUUCCCUAUAAUUGUUGGCUUAUUGCUUUACAAACUUAAAUCAGCUGCGAACAGACCGCUCAAAUCCAUAGAGUAUAAUACAGUGUUGAUAAUGGAGAGCCUCACAUCCUUCUCGGAAAUCGCAAGGCUUUUGCGUGACCUCGACAUGAGCCACUCGUCUAUUAGUCGAGUUGCUUUAUCCGCGGCCUCAGUCUCUAAUAUGGUAGGACUAUUGUUCUUGUUGGGAAUGAAUUCUCUUGGUUUGCCAUCAAAGAUUGAAGGUGUCAGACUACUUUUUGAGAUGUCCUUCUGUAUCGUUAUUUCCUUUGGUGUUGUGAGGCCGAUAUUGUAUAAAGUAAUCAAAAGGAAACGAGAAGGGAGACCCAUCGAAGACAAAUAUAUCUACGGUAUUCUCGUCAUAGUUUGUUUAGCAAGUAUGUUUUGGGACUAUCUUGGGCAGUUUCCUGCAUUUGGAGCCUUCUUUCUUGGUCUCGCCAUACCCAAUGGACCCCCUAUUGGUUCUGCAUUGGUCGAGAGAUUAGAGAGCUUCAACUUCGGUAUCAUAAUGCCUCUCUUCUUUUCAGCUACUAUGCUCAGGACUGAUAUCAAAACCUGGAAAGACAGUUUAACAUUCUUUAGCGGUGAUGACAAGAAAUUCGCGGUUGCGUCUCUAGUCUUGCUCAUCUUCUUCAUGAAGCUCAUUGUCUUCAUGAUCAUACCUUACCUCUAUAAAAUGUCGUUGAAGGACUCCUUUAUUCUUUCCCUUAUCAUGUCUCAUAAGGGUGUUAUCGAACUAAGUUUCUACUUUUUCUCUUUUGGACUUGAGGUUAUAUCCAGAGAUUCUUUCUCAAUCUUAGUCUUAUCCAUCUUUCUCAACUCGGUGCUCAUACCAACAAUGGUCAAGUUUCUCUAUGACCCAUCUAAGAAGUUCGUGUGCUACCAAAAGAGAUAUUUAGCAAGUACGAAGAACAUUGGAGAGCUAAAGAUUCUUGUGUGCAUCCAUAGACCAGAUCACAUUUCUUCCAUGAUCAAUUUUGUAGAAGUUUCUUAUCAAUCCAACGAGAGCCCUCUCACUUGCUACGUCCUUCACCUUAUCGAGUUACAAGGUCAAGAAGUUCCUUCUUUGGUCUCAAACAAUAUUCAGAAACUCGGAGUCCGGUCCGGGACAAAACUCUCAGAAAACGUCAUCCUUGCUUUCCAACAUUUCAACCGUUAUGUAUGCAGUUCCAUUUCCAUAGACACAUUCACUUGCAUUGCAAAGUUGAACCAUAUGCAAGAUGAUAUUUGUUGGCUAGCUCUCGACAAAUCUGUCAUGCUUAUCAUUCUUCCUUUCCACCGGACUUGGUCUCUCGACCGAACAUCCAUAGUGUCUGACAAUCAAAUGAUCCGACUUCUCAAUGCCAACGUCUUGAAACAAGCUCCUAGCUCUGUCGGUAUCCUUGUUGAACGCCAUCUCCUUAACAAAAAGCAAGAAUCUCAACAAAACAUUAAGGUAUGUGUGAUAUUCGUGGGAGGAAAAGACGAUAGGGAAGCAUUGGCCUAUGCAAAGCGAAUGGCUCUUCAACAAAAUGUGACAUUAACGGUUCUACAUCUUCUAGCAUCAGGAAAUAGCAAAGAAUUAACAGGAUGGGAUCAAAUGCUUGACACAGUGGAUCUAAAAGAGGUUAUACAAAGCAAUGAUGCAGGGGUUCUAAACCAAAAAAGUUCCAUAAUUUACUUGGAACAAGAGAUAGUAGAUGGAACGGAUUUGUCAGUGCUUCUACGUUCCAUGGCUUUCGAUUACAGCCUUUUCAUCGUAGGACGAACAUGCGGUGAGAACCACGUGGCAACCAAAGGGAUAGAGAAUUGGUGUGAGUUUGAGGAGCUUGGAGUCAUCGGUGAUUUCUUGGCCUCACCGGAUUACAAGAGCGACACAUCGGUGUUAAUAGUUCAACAACAACGAACCGUAGCGAAUAAGUAGAAGUGGAGAAAACAUGUACUUUGUAGUUCCAUAUCUCUCUUUUGUAGCAUUUCUAAUAAAGUUUUAAUUACAAAAUACAAAAUAGGUUCCCAUGGUUUGUUCAUUGUCACUUGUGGAUUGUAUUAUUAUAUUUCAUAGA